AAUGUCGUACGGAAAUUUAUCGAGAAUAUUUCAACAACGUGGUAACGUCGUGCGAGGAAAUUUCGAAGUUGUCGGCGAAAAUGUUCGGGAACGCUUGUCUCACGGUGUGACCAACAAGGUCACUCACAAGCCCGUAAGAAUAAUAACAAAAUUAUGUAUUAAAAUUACAGCUGACGGAAUCCUCUCACCAAUAAUAUAACGCACGCAACCGUGAACCUUCAAUAUGUAUCGUCAUCGCGACGUGAACACGACCGAUGUGAGAUCACGAUGCAAGAUCUCGAAAGUUCACGUUCGCGACCACGUGGGGCCGAAAAAGCGUGUUCGAAGCAACGUGCCGCAACGCUUUCUCUCGUUUCGUCAAACAAGCGUCGCUCUCGUUCGUCGACGCACGUUCGCGUCGGGAUUCGCGUACGAACGAGACUCGAGCGCAUCGAGAUUAUUUCUCCGUUUGUCGUGAUCGCGCAUCAACGUGCGAAAAGGCGAGAAAAACAGGAAAAGGAUCUCGAAGCGAGAAGCAUGCGUAUAAUUGCGCGUUGCGGACACAGCUGCUCCGUUGUGCUCCGGGAAACACGGACGCCAAUGCGUUGUGUAGUUGUGCGUCGCACACACGGAUUUUCGCAUCAUUUCGCAAAGCCGUAUUAUAAAUACGCCAUCCGCGCGAUGCCAUUCUAAUUCUGCUUCUAUUUUCAUCUCGCUAGUUUCUAUCUUCUCGAUAAUACGACGUGACAAUUCGUCUCCCCUCGCGUGUGGCGCGGCACACGCCAAUAUGGCGACCACGCCCGCCGCCCGCGUCGGCAUCGUAGGCGCCGCUAGGCGCUCGACGUAUGACCCACACGCUCAUCCACGAACGUCGCGCAAUCGACGCACUGACGUUCCGCGCUUAGCCUUUCGAAGAUCCGCCGUCGUAGCGAACAUGUCGCCGAUCGCCGGAAAAUCGUCGCCGAAGAUUCAUCAUCGGCGUGUUUACUGACGAUCCCGAUCAACGGCAAUAAAGAAAAAUGAAAAUGAUUGUCGAAAGUCGUGGCGUGAGCAAAAUCCGACACGUCCCCGAUAACGCGAUAGUGGAGAGAUAGAAAGAUAGAGAGAGAGAGAGAGAGAGAGAGAGAGUGUGUGAGAGAGGGAAAGAGAGAAAUCUUCGAGCACGAGUGUCAGAGAUGAACUUGGCGUUUUAUUAAAAAGCAUCUGAUUGUGAUCGGGUCGCUGAGAAGGACAACGUUGUCUUUCGCUCGAUGAUAACUUCUCAUAUAAUGUAUGUCCUUCCAAAUGCAGCGUGCAUAAUAUAUAUAUAGAUAAGACCGAUAAUUAGAAUGCACGCGUUAGCAAUGUAUCACAAAACAAGGUUUUUAUGAUACCUGUGGCAUGAAGGUUAGACGAUGACUAAUCAGUUGUAUGUUAUUCGUCACGCUAUCGUCUGCUUUGAGGAAUUGUCUGCAAAUACUCGAACACGCGCCGAUAGAUAAUUGUCGGAUAGUUUACGACGGGUCUAACGGUUGAGAACGAACCAGUGAGACAGUGUAUGUUUUCAUAAAUUCGUUAAAUUAUUCGAAAAUAUAAUGUCGUGGAUAAAGAAGCACACUUUGAAUUGGUUUCAAUUUUUGGCUCUGAAGAUUAUGAGAACUGGCCAUGUGCCCAAGCAUGUAGCGUUUAUAAUGGAUGGCAAUAGACGUUAUGCAAAUAAGAAACAUGUGGCAAAAGUAGAGGGACACACAAAGGGGUUUGACAAGUUAGCAGAGACGUUGAGUUGGUGCAUGGAUCUUGGUAUUACAGAGGUGACGGUGUAUGCUUUCAGCAUAGAGAACUUUAAACGUAACAAAGAGGAAGUUGAUGCACUUAUGGAGCUUGCCAAACAAAAAUUUGAGCGUCUCUUAGAAGAAAAGGAUAAAUUGAUGGAGCAUGGGGUAUGCGUUCGUAUAAUUGGCAAUUUGUCAUUAAUUCCAGAAGACAUAUGUAAAUUAAUCGCUAAAGUUAUGACGAUCACUAAAGAUAAUAAUAAAGCAUUUUUAAAUGUUGCUUUUGCUUAUACAUCAAGAGAUGAAAUUACCUGUGCAAUUAAGGAUAUAGUUAAAGGUGUAAAACAUAAUGAAAUUGUACCGGAAGACAUCAAUGAAGACCUAAUUUCUAACUGUUUAUAUACUUACAAUUCUCCAGAUCCUGAUUUAUUGAUUCGCACCUCAGGAGAAGUCAGACUCAGUGACUUCCUCAUGUGGCAAAUCUCCGAUACUUGUGUCUACUUUGCUAAUGUAUUGUGGCCCGAGUUCACCAUAUGGGAUUUUCUUAGUGCAAUUUUCUAUUAUCAGAGGUGUUACUCUGAUUUGCAAAGAGUUACAAGAAUACAAAAUUCAAAUUCAAUCACGCAUAACUACAGAGCGUUUACAUAUGUAAAUAAGUUGUAUCACGAACGUCAAGUUAUGAUUAAAAAUAUGUACCUAUCAGCAGUUCAAUCAUAAAAAAAAAGACCUUUGGAAGAGCGCUACAUAUUCCUGUGAGUACAAUUAUCAAUCAAACAUGCUGAGGAACUGGUAGGUGUGCAUAUAUAUAUGUGUAUGUGUGUGAUACAUACACAUGUUACUUCAAAUUAAUUUGUCAGAAUAAUAUAAUUUAUUGUUCUCUCAAUUUUUAUAGACAUAAACUCUAUCACAUAAAAUUCCUAGAUAUAUAAUUUAUCAACUUAUUAGUGUGUACACUGCGAAAAAUUAUU